GCUCAGCCCAGUUGAUGGACCCGUUCCAGGUCAGAUGGACUCAGGGCCAGUGUACCAUGGGGACUCAAGGCAGCUAAGCGCCUCAGGGGUGCCAGUCAAUGGUGCUAGAGAGCCCGCUGGGCCCAGUCUGCUGGGGACUGGGGGUCCCUGGCGGGUAGACCAGAAGUCCAACUGGGACGCUGCCCCAGGCCCAGCCCAUACUGCUCGCCUGGAAGAUGCUCACGAUCUGGUGGCCUUUUCGGCUGUGGCCGAAGCUGUGUCUUCUUACGGGGCCCUUAGCACCCGGCUCUAUGAAACCUUCAACCGUGAGAUGAGUCGGGAGGCUGGGAACAACAGCAGGGAACCCCAGCCAGGGCCUGAGGGCUGCUCUACGGGCAGCGAAGACCUGGACACGCUGCAGACGGCCCUGGCCCUCGCGCGGCAUGGCAUGAAACCACCCAACUGCAACUGCGACGGCCCGGAGUGCCCUGACUACCUCGAGUGGCUGGAGGGGAAGAUCAAGUCUGUGGUUGUGGAGGGAGGGGAGGAGCGGUCCAGACUCCCAGGGACUCUGCCUCCUAGUGAGGCUGGCCUCCCGGCACCAAGCACCCGGCCACUCCUCAGCGCCGAGGUCCCCCAGAUACCUCCCCCGGAGGGCCUGCCCUUGUCCCAGAGCGCCUUGAGUAUCGCCAAGGAGAAGAACAUCAGCCUUCAGACCGCCAUCGCUAUCGAGGCCCUAACGCAGCUCUCGUCUGCCCUCCCCCAGCCUUCUCACUCCACCUCCCAGGCUGCUUGCCCACUGCCUGAGGCCUUGUCCCCUCCUGCCCCUUUCAGAUCUCCCCAGUCCUACCUCCGGGCCACCUCCUGGCCUGUGGCCCCCGUUGAAGAGCACCCACCCUUUGCUCCUGAUAGCCCUGCCUUCCCACCAGCGACUCCUAGAACCGAGUUUCCUGAAUCCUGGGGCACUGACACCCCACCAGCAACUCCUCGGAGCCCCUGGCCCAUGCCGCGCCCAAGCCCCGACCCCAUGACUGAACUGGAGCAGCUGUUGGGCAGCGCCAGUGACUACAUCCAGUCAGUAUUCAAGCGGCCCGAAGCCCUCCCCACCAAGCCCAAGAUCAAGAUUGAGGCCCCAGCUUCUUCCCCAGCCCAAUCUCUGUCUCCCAUCCUCCAGAGGGAGGCUCCCCCGCCAUCCUCGGAGCCUGACACCCACCAGAAGGCCCAGGCCGCCCUACAGCAGCACCUCCACCACAAGCGCAGCCUCUUCCUGGAACAGGCCCACGAUGCCACCUUCCCUGCUCCCACAGAGCCUCCUGCUUCUGGCUGGUGGGCCCCAGCAAGCUCACUGGCCCCACGGCCUCCAGACAAACCACCCAAAGAGAAAAAGAAGAAGCCCCUGGCACCCUCUGGAGGCCCCAUGGGAACCGAGAAAGCUGCCCCUGGGAUCAAGCCCACUGUCCGAAAGCCCAUUCACAUCAAAAAGUCCAAGCUGCGGGACACACAACCCCUCUUCCUGCCCCUCCGGCAGAUCAUCCUGGAAGGGCUGAGGUCCCCAGCCCCCGAGGAAGUGCAGGCACAUCCACCUGCCCCCCUCCCCACCUCACAGGGCUCUGCUGUCCCCCUACCCCCAGAACCUUCUCUUGCGCUAUUUGCACCAAGUCCCUCUGGGGACAGCCUGCUGCCCCCUACUCAGGAAACGAGGUCCCCCAGCCCCAUAGCCACUCUGCAGACUGGCUCCACUGGCCCUCUUCCCCCUGCUGAUGACAAGCUGGAAGAGCUCAUCCGGCAGUUUGAGGCUGAAUUUGGGGAUAGCUUUGGGCUUCCAGGCCCCCCAUCUGUGCCCAUUCAGGACCCCGAAAAUCAGCCAACGUGUCUCCCGGCCCCUGAGAGCCCUUUUGCUACCCAUUCCCCCAAGCAAAUCAAGAUCGAGUCUUCGGGGGCUGUGACUGUGCUCUCAACCACCUGCUUCCAUUCAGAGGAGGGAGGCCAGGAGGCCACACCCACCAAGGCUGAGAACCCACUCACACCUACCCUCAGCGGCUUCUUGGAGUCGCCUCUUAAGUACCUGGACACACCCACCAAGAGUCUGCUGGACACGCCGGCCAAGAGAGCCCAGGCGGAGUUCCCCACCUGCGACUGUGUAGAACAAAUAGUGGAGAAAGAUGAAGGUCCAUAUUAUACUCACCUGGGAUCUGGCCCCACUGUAGCCUCUAUCCGGGAACUCAUGGAGGAGCGGUAUGGAGAGAAGGGGAAAGCCAUCCGGAUCGAGAAGGUCAUCUACACGGGGAAGGAGGGGAAAAGCUCGCGUGGCUGCCCCAUUGCAAAGUGGGUGAUCCGUAGGCACACGCUGGAGGAGAAGCUGCUCUGCCUGGUGCGGCACCGGGCAGGCCACCACUGCCAGAACGCCGUCAUUGUCAUCCUCAUCCUGGCCUGGGAGGGCAUUCCCCGUAGCCUGGGCGACACCCUCUACCAAGAGCUCACCGACACCCUCCGGAAGUAUGGAAACCCCACCAGCCGGAGAUGCGGCCUCAACGAUGACCGCACCUGUGCUUGCCAAGGCAAAGACCCCAAUACCUGUGGUGCCUCCUUCUCCUUCGGCUGCUCCUGGAGCAUGUACUUCAACGGCUGCAAAUAUGCACGGAGCAAGACGCCACGCAAGUUCCGCCUCGCAGGGGACAAUCCCAAAGAGGAAGAAGUGCUCCGGAAGAGUUUCCAGGACCUGGCCACGGAAGUCGCUCCCCUGUACAAGCGGCUGGCUCCCCAGGCCUAUCAGAACCAGGUGACCAAUGAGGAAAUAGCAAUUGACUGCCGCCUGGGGCUGAAGGAAGGGCGGCCCUUCGCAGGGGUCACGGCCUGCAUGGACUUCUGUGCCCACGCCCACAAGGACCAGCAUAACCUCUACAACGGGUGUACCGUGGUCUGCACUCUGACCAAGGAAGACAAUCGCUGCGUGGGGAAGAUCCCCGAGGACGAGCAGCUGCACGUGCUCCCCCUGUACAAGAUGGCCAACACGGAUGAGUUCGGCAGCGAGGAGAACCAGAACGCCAAGGUGGGCAGCGGGGCCAUCCAGGUGCUCACCGCCUUCCCCCGUGAGGUCCGGCGCCUCCCUGAGCCUGCGAAGUCCUGUCGCCAGCGGCAGCUGGAAGCCAGGAAGGCAGCGGCUGAGAAGAAGAAGAUCCAGAAAGAGAAGCUGAGCACUCCCGAGAAGAUAAAGCAGGAGGCCCUGGAGCUGGCCGGUGUUCCCACUGACUCAGGCUUGUCUCUGAAGGGUGGAUUGUCCCAACAAGGCCUGAAGCCUUCCCUCAAGGUGGAGCCGCAGAGCCACUUCAGCUCCUUCAAGUACAGCAGCAACGCGGUGGUGGAGAGCUACUCGGUGCUGGGCAACUGCCGGCCCUCCGACCCUUACAGCAUGAACAGCGUGUACUCCUACCACUCCUACUAUGCACAGCCCAGCCUGACCUCUGUCAACGGGUUCCACUCCAAGUACGCUCUUCCAUCUUUUGGCUACUAUGGCUUUCCAUCCAGCAACCCUGUCUUCCCCUCUCAGUUCCUGGGCCCUGGCACCUGGGGGCACAGUGGCAGCAGUGGCAGUUUUGAGAAGAAGCCAGACCUCCAUGCUCUGCACAACAGCCUGAGCCCGGCCUACGGUGGUGCUGAGUUUGCCGAGCUGCCUGGCCAGGCUGUUCCCACGGACACCCACCACCCCACUCCUCACCACCAGCAGCCUGCUUAUCCAGGCCCCAAGGAGUAUCUGCUUCCCAAGGUCCCCCAGAUCCACCCAGUGUCCAGGGACCCCUCUCCGUUUGCCCAGAGCUCCAACUGCUACACCAGAUCCAUCAAGCAAGAACCAGUAGACCCACUGGCCCAGGCUGAACCUGUACCCAGAGACCCUGGCAAGAUGGGCAAAAUACCUUUGCCCGAAGCAUCUCAGAAUGGGGGACCCAAUCACCUAUGGGGACAGUACGCAGGAGGCCCAAGCAUAUCCCCCAAGAGGACUAACAGCAUGGGUGGCAGCUGGAGUGUGUUCCCUCCUGGAGAGAGCCCCACCAUUGUCUCCGACAAGCUUAGUUCUUUUGGGGCUGGCUGCCUGACCCCAUCCCACUUCCCAGAUGGCCAGUGGGGGCUGUUUUCUGGCGAGGGUCAGCAGCUAGCUUCCCAGUCCGGAGGACGGCUGCGAGGCAAACCGUGGAGCCCUUGCAAGUUUGGGAACAGUGCCUCAGCCCUGGCCAGGCCUGGCCUGACUGAGAAGCCGUGGGGGAUAGGGGCAGGGGAUUUCAACUCUGCCCUGAAAGGCGGUCCUGGGUACCAAGAGAAGUUGUGGAGCCCCAUGAAAGCGGAGGAGGGACGGAUCCCAACCCCAGGGACAAGCCAGCUGGACAAAGCCUGGCAGUCCUUCGGCGUGCCCCUGGGCCCCAGUGAGAAGCUGUUUGGGGCCUUGAAGUGUGACGAGAAGCUGUGGGACCCCUUCAGCCUGGAGGAGGGGACGGCUGAGGAGCCCCCCAGCAAGGGGCCUAUGAAGGAGGAGAAGGGUGGUGCUGAGGAGGAGGAAGAGGAGCUGUGGUCAGACAGUGAACACAACUUCCUAGACGAGAACAUCGGUGGCGUGGCUGUGGCCCCCGCGCAUGGCUCCAUCCUCAUUGAGUGUGCCCGCCGGGAGCUGCACGCCACCACCCCUCUCAAGAAGCCCAACCGCUGCCACCCUACCCGCAUCUCGCUGGUCUUCUACCAGCACAAGAACCUCAACCAGCCCAACCAUGGGCUUGCCCUCUGGGAGGCCAAGAUGAAGCAGCUGGCUGAGAGGGCAAGGGCGCGGCAGGAGGAGGCCGCCCGGCUGGGCCUGGGUCAGCAGGAGGCCAAGCUGUACGGGAAGAAGCGCAAGUGGGGAGGUGCCCUGGUCGCUGAGCCCCAGCAUAAGGAGAAAAAGGGGGCUGUCCCUACCCGACAGGCCCUGGCUAUGCCCACAGACUCAGCAGUCACCGUGUCCUCCUAUGCCUACACGAAGGUCACUGGGCCCUACAGCCGCUGGAUCUAGGUGCCGGGGAGCCAGCGUACCUCAGCGUCGGGCCCAGCCCGAGCUGCCUCUGUGGUGCUUUUGCCCUCACACCUGGGGGCGGGUUGGGGGUGCAGAAGUCUUUUUAUCUAUGUAUACAUAUAUAGAUAUGCAUAUAUAUGUAUUUAUGGUCCAAACCUCAAAACUGACCCGCCCUCUCCCACCUCCCCAGCACUUUGAAGAAGAAACUACGGCUGUCGGGUGAUUUUCCGUGAUCUUAAUAUUUAUAUCUCCAUGUUGGGUUUUUUUUUCCCCCUUGUUUGGGGGUAGGGGGCUUUUAUUUUCUCUUUGUUUUUAAAAUUCUAUCCUUGUAUAUCACCAUAAUGGAAAGAAAGUUUAUAGUGUCCUUUCACAAAGGAGUAGUUUUAAAUUCCAUUUAAAAUGUGUAUUUAUUGGAUUUUUUUAAAGAAACAAUAGUAAUGGUAAAGGAUCAGCAGGAAAGGCCAGCGGUGCUCAUUCCUGCCCUGGCUGCAGGGCCCAGUGCUCCUGGCCCUCUUGGGAGCUGACGAGGUUCUCUCAGCCAUCUGUCCCUCACAAACCAAGUGCAGAUUGUAGCCACCACCCAGUCCAUCCCUCCCGACAGACACGCCUUCCCUCUGGGAAGGAGCCCUCACGACAGCCUCUGUCCUCUCAAGUAGGCUUGGAGUCGGGGCAUAUGCGCCCCAGGCCAGGCACCUGAGAUGCUGGCGUAGAUUUCCCCAGAAACCAGGCUGGAAGCAGAAGGCUGCAAGCUUGCUAGUCUCCACACUGAAUACUCUGUUACCGAUCAAGUCACAAGAUGUCAUGGUUCACUAGGCAGCACCUCACGAUGGAGCUGGAAUUGAGAAGGCUCUUAGGAGCCCUUUCUGCCAAGUUGACAAGCCAAUUAAUACUGGGCUGAAGGAAUUUGUCUUAGUGGCAGUUUUGAAAAAUGCCCCCAAAAGUCUAUGCUGAUACUGAAAAAAGGGCUACUGUAUCUUUAAAAACAAGAAGUUGAACCCAAGCUGUGAAAAGCCAGCGUUGCUGCCUGUCCAUCGCUGUGCGGUGCCUGGUGCUGUAAUAUUGUGCUGGGACUUUUCUUGACUCUCGGGCAGGUUGAACCCUGCUGGAGCUCAGCAAACCAGUGUAACAGCAGUUAACACAUCUUAUCCUUAUUCCCGGAUUUCCACAUUGGACAAUGGUGCAUGCAUCACACCUGAGCCCACCCCCUCCACACUAUUAUUUGGAGGCAUGGGGGUUACACUUAACAGUUUUACAAUGCAAGAGUCAAACGUUUUCAGCAGGUUGCUAGGAUUUCCCUCCAUAAUUGGUGCCAUUUAUCUAUUUGAUCAUCUCUUUUCCCUUACUCCUCUCUCCACCCCCUUCUAACAUGCCCCUUCUAAGAUUCUGCUGCAUUCAUUCAGUUCAUUGAAAUGAGACCGUGGUGCUUUAAUUUUUGUGACAUUGUUGAGAGAGGUUGGGCCUGACAGGUGGAAGCAACACUCAGCGGCAGCAAGUCAUACUUCUGGGAGUGUUUGUUUUUCCUGUGGUGUUAGCAGAAAUUCCACCAAGCACCCCACAUGGGCGUGCAUGGUGGAUAGGAGGCUUCACCCUUGUUUGUCCAUCAGGACACAGCAUGAGGAGAGAGUGGCCACACGGAGUGAAAAGCGAGCCCUGAGAGAAACCUCAUAUUUAUUGAGCAGUUUUAUUCAGAUGUGGGUCUUUGUAAAAUGAGUUUAACAAUCAGAUGACAAUGCUAAAGGCAAGUUCUGCACUCCCAGGUGCCUUGUGUAAGAGCUGAGAGCCGACCCGCUGGGCAUUUACUGUAACCGGUCCUGAGGUGCUGGCGGAAAAUCGCUGUACAAUGUCCUGAGCAUUUAUGUGGUCUGGUUUUAACUGUAAAUAGUGAAAGAUUUUUUUAAGCACUUUUGCCUAGAUUUAAACAGCAACUUGAAAAAGAAAAAAAAAAAA